AUGGCGGCAUCACGAUCGUCGUCAGCGCCCGCGGAAAAGUCGCGGCUGCUGCGCUUUACUGGCCACCGCAACUUUCGGCAGCGUCUCAUCCUCGCGCUCGUCUCGCAGCGUCCGGUGCGCAUCGACGGAAUCCGACCCGACUCUUCCAGCCCGGGUAUCCGCGAUUUUGAAGCCAACUUUCUGCGUCUGCUCGAAAAGGUCACCAACGGAUCGCAUGUCGAGAUCUCGUACACGGGUACAUCGGUGCUGCUCAAGCCCGGCAUCAUCGCGGGCGGCAAGGUGGUGCACGACUGUGCGCUCACGAGGGGAAUCGGCUACUGGCUCGAAUGGAUGGUGGUGCUCGCACCUUUUGCCAAGAAGGAGCUGCACCUCACGUUGAAGGGCGUGACGAAUAUGGAGGGUGAUUUGGGAGUGGAUACGAUUCGAACCGUGACUUUGCCACAUUUGUCGCUGUUUUUGCCGCUCGACUCGGUGUCGACACUGGCGAGCUCGCUCGAGCUGAGGAUUGCCAAGCGUGGCAGUGCGCCCGGAGGCGGAGGAGAGGUGCACUUCCGAUGUCCUAUCAUCAAGAACCUGUCUACGAUCAACUUUACCGCGCCGGGGAGGAUCAAGAAGAUCCGAGGCAUUGCGACCUCGACGCGGGUGAGCCCGCAGAUGGCGAAUCGACUCAUCGAUGCUGCGCGCGGCGUGCUGGGCCGCUACAUCCCCGACCUGUAUCUGUUUGCCGACGUCUACCGUGGCGAAGACUCGGGCAAGUCUCCCGGAUUCGCCAUCACGCUCCUGGCCACCUCGACCACAGGCGCGAUCUACUCUGCCGAAGCGGUGAGCAAAACCCAAGACCCGGGACUGCCAGAAGACCUGGCGCAGGAUGCAGCACGCAUGCUGCUCACCGAGAUCGCUGGUCGCGGAUGCAUCGACCGCAGCCACCAACCCAUGGCGCUCCUGCUCAUGGCACUCAGCCCCCAGGACGUGGCAAGGUGCACAAUGGCCCACCCCACCGCAAACGCCAUCCAGAUGAUGCGCGAUCUCAAACACGCCCUCGGCGUCUCGUUCAAGAUCGCCAAUGCCGACGCGAGCGCUCCCGACGCCACCAACGACGCAGAGAGCGAGGAAAGCGACAGCGAUGACAAUGACCAAGAUACGAUGCUCAAGACCCUCAAGAAGCCGGCACAAUUUGCCGUCAGCUGCGUAGGCAUCAACUUUGCCGGAUUCCGAAAGUGCUCGUCUGCGCCUGACUCGGACCGUGUGCGCGAGCCAGAGGAGUCCAGCGGUACAUUGGCAAGAAUGAAGGGUCGCAAGACCACGAUAAGGGUGCUGUGGCAAGCCAUCUGA